GUUAAAGCAACUCUGUGUUAUGACGAGCCGGGGGGAGAGCAAAGCAUAAAAAUCUCUAAGUGGAUCUCAGUCAACAUUCAGAUCCUGAAACAAUAUAAUCUAGAAGUUUAGGGGAGCCAGGAAACCCAACAACUCUUUAAACAGCUCAACAACUUGCGUCUUUCUGGAAAUCCAAGGUCAAGAAGGUGCAGAUUAGAGAUGCUGGUGGCACAUUUUUGGGCCCUCAAUCUUCAGAUUUUCCUUCUGGGCCCCAUCCUAAAGGUUGCAAGCAUGGCAACUAUGGAGACUCGAGCGGCUCUGCAUGAAAUUGAGAAGGAGCCAGCCUACUGGAAUGCACAAGCAAAGGCAGCCCUGAAUGCUGCCCUGAAGCUCCAUCCUCGACACCACAGGGCUAAAAACCUCAUCCUGUUUCUAGGAGAUGGAAUGGGUGUGACCACAGUAUCAGCAGCUCGAAUCCUAAGAGGUCAGAUGGAGGGUUGGUCUGGAGAGGAAACAGUGCUGGCCAUGGACACCUUCCCCUAUGUUGCCCUUUCUAAGACCUACAGUGUAGACAAGCAGGUAGCAGACAGUGCCAGCACGGCUACAGCUUAUCACUGUGGGGUAAAGGCCAAUGCCAAAACCCUAGGACUUAAUGCAAAAGCUGUGGUCUACGAGUGCAACACCACUUUUGGCAACGAGGUGCACUCAGUGCUGCGACGUGCAAAAGCACAAGGUAAAUCAGUGGGCAUUGUGACAACCACACGUGUCCAGCACGCAUCCCCAGCUGCUGCUUACGCCCAUUCUGUCAGCCGCAAGUGGUACAGCGAUGCAGAUCUUCCUUCCAGUGCCAUCCAGCAGGGUUGUGUCGACAUUGCUACACAACUGGUCACCAAUGUAGACAUUGAUGUGAUUUUGGGAGGAGGAAGGAUGUACAUGACACCUCAAGGAACCCCAGAUCCCGAAUAUCCUACCUCAUCGUCCCGCAAAGGGGACCGCAAAGACAAAAGAAACCUCAUAAAUAUCUGGCUGAAGGCCAAACCUAAAAAAAAAUCCCACUACGUCUGGAACAAGAAGGGAUUCGAUGAAAUAAAUGUCAAAACAACAGAUCGUCUUAUGGGCCUUUUUGAGCCAAAGGACAUGAAAUUUGAAGUUUAUCGAAAUAGCUCAAGUGAUCCAUCAAUUGUGGAAAUGACAGAAAAGGCCAUUCAAAUCCUCAGGAAGAAUCCAAAAGGCUAUUUUCUGUUUGUGGAAGGAGGGAGAAUCGAUCAUGGCCACCAUGACAACACUGCAAAACUGGCUCUCAGGGAGACUGUAAUGUUUGAUGCAGCUAUUGAGCGAGCUGGACAGCUCACCAGAGAGUCUGACACACUGACAGUAGUGACUGCUGACCACUCACAUGUCUUCACUUUUGGAGGCAGCACACCUCGAGGAAAUCCCAUCUUUGGUUUGGCACCAAAGGACGCCAUGGACAAAAUGCCUUUCACUAGCAUUCUUUAUGCCAAUGGCCCCGGAUAUGAGCAUGCCAAUGGAAGCAGAGACAACAUCACAAUGGUGGAUUAUGAAGAUGACGAGUACAAGCAGCAGGCAGCUGUCCCUUUGGAAGCAGAGACACAUGGUGGGGAGGAUGUUGCCAUCUAUGCCAAAGGCCCAAUGGCUCACUUGUUUCAUGGAGUUAAGGAGCAAAACUAUGUUGCUCAUGUGAUGGCCUAUGCUGCCUGUUUGGAGCCAUAUACCAGCUGCCCUCCUCGCCCCCUCAACCGUUCAUCAGCAGGAUGCGGGAAAUUGCAUCUGGGUCUCUUAUUUAGCAUGUUUGGUCUCCUCCUGCUGCUCAGAUGACCCUGAUGUGCAAACAGGCAAACCCACAUUCAAGUCACUUCAAAAGUGUGGAGCAAAACAGGAGCAUGUAUGCACUUAGUGCUGAUGAGAACAGGUGGACUGUGUGUGCACAGGCUGGAAAAUCAGAAUGCAGAGAGAACCAUGCAUUGCAUUUGCUGACAAGAAAUGUCUUAUUGCCUGGUAUCCACAUAUAUGUAUCCCACCAUGCCUGUAAAAUGCGAGCUUUAGCAUGCAUGUGUUUAUACCUCACAUGUAAAUAAAGCAAGUACUGAUAAGUGGUAUUUGCAAUUACGCAAAGAUUAAGUUGUUUGUGUGCAAACAAAUAUGCAAGAGGUACCUUUUUUAAAAAAAAAAGUGUACAUUUUUUACUAAAUUGCACUAACUUGUAAUGCUUUAGUUUAUUUUGUGUUUUUUUUAAUGUUGAUUUUGUGAUCAUCUUGAGCUAUAAAAGGCUCAGCAAUCAAUGUUCUCCCAGAGAUGUCAGACAUUUACCCAGAGGCAAUUUACCUGGUACACAUUAAUCUGACAUUUUGCCCAGAAUAACAGGAAGAAAAAAAUCAAAUGGCUGAGGCUUAUGCUGUCUUCUUGACACAAGCUGGACACACAUCAGAACACGGCUGUUAUUGCACAAGUGGAAAAAACAACUUUGGACUGCAAAAAGAAACCUGCACUGUGAGCUGCUAUGCUAAGUUGCAACUUUACCAAAGUUUUUCAUGAGCUCAUAGUUGAUCUUUUAGGGUUAUUUUGACAUAACUGCUUCCUAACGUUUUCAAUCAAAUGCCUUGCAAAAAUAUGUGUAAACCAUUUGUAUUGUAUAUUUUUAAACAGAAUCAUGAGUAUAUUUUUUUAUUUUUUAGCAAAAGUAUGAAUAAAUGUCUGUUAGUUCUGACCUCUGUUUUUGUUUUAAAUAAAGGUUUAUAAAAAAGUCAA